UCCUGCAGUUAUUUAUUGUUGAAGUGAAAGGGAAACAAUAUGUCUGGACGUGGCAAAGGAGGAAAGGGGCUAGGAAAAGGUGGUGCAAAGCGUCAUCGUAAAGUGUUGAGGGAUAACAUUCAAGGCAUUACAAAGCCUGCUAUCCGGCGCUUGGCUCGUCGAGGUGGAGUGAAACGUAUUUCUGGUUUGAUCUAUGAAGAAACACGGGGAGUGCUCAAGGUGUUUUUGGAGAACGUUAUUCGUGAUGCUGUUACUUACACCGAGCAUGCGAAGAGAAAGACCGUGACUGCUAUGGAUGUGGUAUAUGCCUUGAAAAGACAGGGUCGUACUCUGUAUGGCUUUGGAGGUUAA